AGUGCGUAUCAAUACGAGAAAAGAGAAAAGGUUAUAGAGACCGAGUCAAAGAGAGAGAAAGAGAAAGAAGGUGGGAGAUGAGAGAGAGAGAGAAAAAUGAAGAACUAGCACAGGAAGUCACUGAGGUCUCAGUAAACUCCCUAAGCAGAGCAAAACAUGUGUGUGUGUGCACGGUCUGACGUGCGGUGUGCGUGUGAGGGACAUCUCGAUGUAACUCUGCCUGAGGUUUCAGUAGCCGCCUGUUGUGCUGCGAAGACACACGAAUACACACGCAGGCGUCUCGUGAAAGCAUCUUUUGGAGUUUAUAUGAUCGCUCCACACUGUGAAAGGAGUGGCUUUGGAUGGUGUCAGACUUCAAGAAGUCGAUGAGAGUCAUUUCUACGGAGACAUUGUUCUUUGAGAGUCUAUAGUCUCGCUGAAGGUGUGCGUGAGUGCCCAACGUCAACUUGCACCUGACACCAUGGGAAACAGUGGGGAGGAAGGGAAGCUACACCGGCGUCUUUCGCGACUCGGCAGCCGCCACCAGAACAGGGAUCCUCCGAGGCCCCCGCCUCAGGCCGACAAACCCCCCACGCCCGCCGCACCGACCCCCCGGCCCCCGGAGGUGGCCCCUAAACCAGCCGAGGCAGCCCAGAAGGCCCCAGAGGCAGCACCCAAACCGCCCGUAGUGGCCCCCAAACCAGUAGAGGCCCCCAAACCGAGCCUCCCUCCCCGACCCCUGAAGAGAGAGUUCCUGUGUGAGACCCACGGCAAUGCCAUCUUACAGGGUUUGAACUCUUUCCGAUGUGAUGAGACGCUGUGUGAUGUGACCCUGGUGCCAGGAGACAGCAGCAAGACCUUUCCUGUGCACAGAGCCAUCAUGGCCUCCGCCAGUGACUACUUCAAAGCCAUGUUCACAGGCGGAAUGCGAGAGCAGGAGCUGAAGGAGAUUAAGCUUCACGGUGUGAGCAGCGCGGGGCUGAAGAACAUAAUCGACUUCAUCUACACGUCGCGACUGGACCUGAGUGUGGGCAGCCUGCAGGACACUCUGGAGGCGGCCAGCUUCCUACAGGUCCUACCCGUGCUGGACUUCUGCAACCAGCUGCUCAGCAGCGAGAUCACCAUUGAAAACUGCGUAGAGGUGGAGCGAAUAGCCACAGACCUGCUCCUGGAGGAUGUCCAGACCCACGUCGGCGACUUCGUGCGGGACAACUUCCGGGAGCUGGUGCAGAGCGGACACUUCCUGCAGCUCUCCGAGUCCAGCAUGGCGCACGCGCUCGCCAGCGACGGCCUCAAGGGCCUCUCGGAGAUGGAGCUGUACCGCGCGGCCCGCACCUGGAUCGCCCACGACCCGCCCACCCGCCACCCGUCCGCCUACACCCUGCUGCGCCACAUCCGCUUCCCCCUCAUGAGCCCCUCCGAGCUGCUCCAGAUCUCCCAGGAACAGGACCAGAGCGAGAGCACCGGCGCUGGGUCCGCCGCCGCGGCUAACGCUAAUGCUAAAGCUAACGCUAAUGCUAAAGCUGACGCGCCGCCGCGGGGGCCGCCGCUGAUGCGCUCGGACACGGCGUGCGUCAACCUGCUCCUGGAGGCCAGCAACUACCAGAUGCUGCCCUUCAUGCAGCCGGUGCUGCAGACCGAGCGCACGCGCAUCCGCUCCGACGCCGUGCGGCUGCUCGCGCUCGGCGGCGUCAUGCGCCACCAGCUGGUGGUCAGCCGCGAGCUGCGCUUCUACGAGGAGCCCGAGGGCGCGAGGAGGGGGGAGGACGACGGAGCGGGGGGGAGGGGAGACGUCUGCGGCUUCGGUGAGGUGGCGGGAGGAGGAGGAGGAGGAGGAGGAGGAGGCGCGAGCGGAAGCUGGCGGGCGCUGCAGCCGAUGGAGGUGCCGCGCUACCAGCACGGCGUGGCGCUGCUCGGGGGCUUCCUGUUCAUCGUCGGGGGCCAGAGCACGUACGACACCAAGGGCAAGACGGCGGUGGACAGCGCCUACCGCUACGACCCGCGCUUCGACCGCUGGCUCCAGGUGGCCUCGCUCAACGAGAAGAGGACCUUCUUCCACCUGAGCGCGCUCAGCGGGAAACUGUACGCCGUCGGAGGCCGCAACGCCACCGGGGAGAUCGGUUCGGUGGAGUGCUACAGCCUCAACAAAAAUGAGUGGACCUUUGUGCAGCCGAUGGUUGAACCCCAUUAUGGCCAUGCUGGAGCAGUCCACGCAGGUCUGAUGUAUGUCUCAGGGGGCAUUACCAAGGACACCUUCCAGAAGGAGAUGUGGUGCUACGACCCCGACUGUGACCUCUGGAGUCGGCGUGCGGACAUGAUGGACCUGCGGGGGCUGCACUGCAUGUGCACGCUGGGCGACCGCCUCUACGUCAUGGGCGGCAACCACUUCCGCGGCGCCAACGACUACGACGACGUGCUGGGCUGCGAGUACUACAGCCCGGCCAGCGACCAGUGGACCGCGGUGGCGGCCAUGCCGCGGGGACAGAGCGACGUCGGCGUGGCCGUCUUCGAGGGCCGCAUCUACGUGGUGGGGGGCUACUCGUGGAACAGCCGCUGCAUGGUGGACAUCGUGCAGCGCUACGACCCCGAGGGCGACGAAUGGGACCACGCCUUCAACGUGCUGGAGCCGCUCGGGGGCAUCCGGGCGUGCACCAUGACCGUGCACCGGCCCCAGGGGCCCGCCGCCGAGGCCCAGAUACAAGAGUGCCCUCUACUGGACACCAAGAACUGAGCGGGGGUGUGCGUGUGCGGGAGGGGUCAAGUGUCUGGGCCUGGGAAAUAUCAGCCAUGGUUUCAGAGUGUAGAAGUUGAGAUCUUUUGAAGGUGGACAAUCACAUUGACUGCUGUCAUUCAAACUGUGGUGACACUUUUUUUUGGGGGGGGGGAUAAAAUGUCCCAAACCAGCAAAUCUGAAUCUGAAAGCCUAUGGGCCUUUUUGUGUGAGUUCAAAGCUAAUUUUCAGAUUUGUACCAGUUGAAAACGGCAGUGCUGUACAAUGCAAAGCCAGUGCAAAUGAUUUCUAUUCAUUCGAGAAUCUUACCAAAGCGUCACACUGAACAAAGGUUGAGGCUGACAGACAUUCUCAGCCCAUACAUGGGUGAAAUGGGCGGCCAUUUGGUUUCACAUUGUGUUGUGCUCCUAAGUUGGAAGUCCAGUCAGCACGAAAACUGUCUGGGGAGGAUGGCGUGGGUGUCUAUCACAAAUGCAGUCUGUAUAAUGUUGUUUUUUUAUUGCUGGGAAUGAUCUUUGUUCUUAGUAUCAGCCCAAUUACGCUGAUACGAGACAGAACAUGUUAUCUUUAGCCCUAUACUGUACAUUACCUGCACUCACUGUGGGUUUCACUUUUACCGUACUCAUGCCCCUCGUAGGUGUCCUCUGUAAAAAACUGUAAGAAACUGUAAGAAACACAGUGAAUUCAUGUUUAGUCUCGUAGCGGUGUUACAGUCAUAUCACUACUGCAGCGUCUGUUCUCUGUUCUUCUGCAAGCGUGCUAUUCGAAACGUGAAGUGAAACCUGCUCUUUGCCUUGGUUGACUCUGAUCAAACUGUGAUGGCCUAAAAAUCGACAGAUUGUUUUCUGUGAUAUAAGCUUGUUUAUAGCCUUAUGACAAGGACAUUGAUACUUAGUUUAACAUGGUUUGUGUGUAUUUUUCCAAAAUGUUUGAAGUAUUUUUUUAUAUUUUUGAAGACAUUUGUUUGCACUGUUUGUAUUUUUUAAUAAAAGAUCAAACAAAUGUAGAUGUGAAAACAAACAUACACACACAUACUGCGUUAGCCUGGCUCCGCAUCCUACUUCCGUUCAAUUUUCAUUUCCCUUCAGUACGACGUCUGGGUCUGCAGGUUUUUUCAAGCCAAAAAUGUGCAGGUCCAAUCCAAAAGGGUCAAAGUGGCCAUAAUGAAAUAUGUACAAGAGUUUGGUAGGACCAGGCUAAUACAGUGUAUCUCUCGGUCAAAAAUCUUAUUUAAAGUUAGUGAUUACAGAGUUAGAGACCUCAUUUCUUUGCAGUUUGAUAUCUUACCCCCAACUUCCAACAACAAACCUGAAAUUGUGAAUCAAUCAAUAUCUUUGUUUAUUUGACUGAAACCUUUUCAUAAAUUUCUUUCUCAUUCUUUCUUUCUUUCUUUCUUUCUUUCUUUCUCUCUCUCUCUCUCUCUCUUAUUUCCCUUGAAGUGUGAGGAAUCACUCACUGUCCUCCAGAUUAGCUGUUAAAACAAGUCAUGCGUCAAACAACUCUCUGUCAAGGUUUGCACAUGCCAGCUCGAUGCCAGUGAUCUGUAGGCUCAAGGCUAAAGUGUGGAGCUAGUCUAAACAAGCUAGUCAAACUCAUCUUCUCAUGGGGCAGCUGAGCCACAGGACUCUAGAAGUCAACUGUACAAGAUAAUCUGAUAUGUAUGAAUAUCAGAUUAUCUUGCAUAGUACAAUAUUGUAUAUGGUGCCUGGUUAAUGAAUAUUACUUUUACUGAUUUAUGUUAAAAUGUUUGUUAUAAAAUUACAUUGUUGCAAAAAAUGUGAAAGGAUGGAUUUUAGUAAAGAUGUGAGCCUGUUGUGCAUGCAAU